CUUUAUCUGUGCUGCUCAGACAGUGUUUGAGAGGGAGCCUAGUGCUAAUCUCACCAAGAACAUUAUUAUGUAAUACUGUUGCGUAACAUUUCAUCUCACAAAAGCUCAGAUAGAGCAGUUGUCGCCACAUUCCACACAGCUACACGGUAACAAAAAGCAUCCAUAUUUCCUAUGACUGACGUGAUCACAUUUCUUAGUGAUAAGGUUGGGCCUCAUUUGUUGUUAUAAGAUGACAUCAACCUUUUAAAAGGGUUGGGACAGACUUAAACUAGAACAGGAUUACAGCUCAUGACACGAGUGUAGUACGUCUUCCCUCAAUGAGGCAAAAGACUAACGGGUGGGCGGAGGUGAGGGGUGUGGCCUGAGAAACCUUCCUCCUCAUCAGAGUGUUAGAGUGCAUCGGAGGGCUGUGAUGGGUUAAGAUUCCUAGGUUUGGAAAUUAAUUAAAAUGGACACCACAAUUUUGUUUUGAUGACAUUCAGCAGUUUGGAAACUUGAUGAAAGCAUCAUAAAAAAUGCCUGCUGGACAGAUGCGGGUAGCAAGCCCCAAACUUCAUCACAGCCUUUACAGCCUGACAGACAGCUCAGACCCUGACCAAGACGGUGAGGAAGCAGUUGGACCGCUAUGCCUUACCCCCCUGCAGAAGCUCACAACAGACAUGCACAAGGACGACAGAAUCAUCAAGGAACUGGUCAUCGGCCGCAGGGUGGGCUUCUACAAGGUUCGAGGGGAGAUUGGUCAUGGGACUUUCUCCAGAGUCAAACUGGCUUUUCAUGCUCUGACAAAAGACAAAGUGGCCCUUAAAAUCCUGGACAAGACAAGAUUUGACAAUCAGGCCCAGCGGCUUCUCUCCAGGGAAGUCAGCAGCAUGAACUCCAUGGAGCACCCUAACAUCAUCCGUCUCUAUGAAGUGGUGGAGACGCCAAGUCGCCUCUACCUGGUGCUUGAGUACGCCGGUGGAGGAGACCUCCACAACAAGAUCUGCAAUGAGGGAAAACUUGCUGACAACACCAGCAAGGUCACAUUCUCACAGAUCCUCUCUGCCAUUAAAUAUAUGCACAAUAAUAACAUCAUCCACCGGGACCUGAAGGCAGAGAAUGUUCUGUUCACCGGCAGUGGCUGUGUCAAGGUGGCAGACUUUGGAUUCAGCACGCAGAUUUCCAACCGCAAUGAUGCCCUCGACACCUUCUGCGGCUCACCCCCAUAUGCCGCCCCGGAGCUCUUCAGGGACGAGUGCUAUCUGGGCCCUCCAGUGGAUGUGUGGGCAAUGGGGGUCCUACUUUUUUUCAUGGUGACCGCCACCAUGCCAUUCCGUGCUGAAACCAUGGGCAAGCUGAGGCGCUGUGUCAUCCAGGGCGUGUACAGUAUCCCCCCGUGGGUUCCUGGUCCCUGUCAGAGACUCAUCAGGGGCAUCUUAAAGGCAGAUCCCAUUGAGCGUUAUGCUGUUGACCAGAUGCUGGGUUGUGAUUGGCUUUUACCUGUGGAAUUCCCUUGGUCGUUGGCAUCUCCGGAACCAGCAAGCCCUCUGCAGGGCCUGUUGGAUUCUGAAAGUAGGGACCUUGUGGAGGAGGAGGAGAUGGAGGAGGUCCGUUGCUCACUAGAGAAGCUCGGGUUUACCUCAGCACACCUACGGAACAAUCGACUAAAUGACCGCCGCACCCCUGUUGCAGGGGUCUAUCGAAUCCUGCUGCACCGAGUGCAGAGGAGGAGGGGCUGCGACAGCCUGCCGGUGGUCCGAGGGAUGGUGAGCGACCCUAAGCGGGAGGGACUUAGAGCAUACAGGGGCCUCAGGCACACGUCCAAACUCUGUGUGCUUUCAUAAUAUGGUAUGCAGGUCUGCUUUUUAUUAUACCGCUUUUGUAUUCGCAUUGAUUUAAAUACUGUUUUCAAUUUCCCCCUAUCUUGAAUUACCCACUCGACCAAUCAUUAGAACACAUUAAGAGAGUAAGUUUUCAGUUUUCAAGACCCUAGAUGCCAGCUUAGCCCUUUUGUAUAAGCAAUGUAUUUAAAAGAAUGAUUUAACAUUUACAGUACAUUAUUGUCGAACUCAAAUAAAUGUUUGCUGUCGCGCUCUCCAGAAGAAAAGAAAAUGAAAUUGUCACUUUGGUAAUAUUUCAUAUUUAUGCAAUAUUUCCUUGCACUGAAAAAAAAAAACAGCAAUGAAAUAAUGCAAAGCUUGAGUGUAUCUUUUUUUUUUUUAAAAAACAAUAACAAAAAUAUGUGCCUGGUAAAAGAAGAUCGAGUUCUUGUGCAUCUUUGGAGAUGUAGGAGAAUUAUAUAUGAGUGUAUGUGGGUGUGUGCGGUGGCAGUUUCUUGUAUGUGCGGCUGCACUGGGGGGCAUUUCUGGGGAGCAGUAACCCGCUUCCCAAAAAAAAAAAAAAUGCUCCGUAAAAUGGUUUUCUUUUGGCAAAAUGUGAACGAUUGCUGUUUGUAUGGAGAAUUUGUAUCCCCUUGUGCAGACAUCAUAAGGAGUCUUCAAAAUGUUGCUAAUAAAUGUUGACGUGAGAUGUUAUCAACGAUUGCAAGUUGCAAUGUUCUUUACAUUUUGGAUUUAAUUCAAUUGACGUUCAUUUUCUUAGAACAAUGCCAGUAGUGUGUAGGUCUACUGAAAGUUGAACAGUAAAAGUACUCAAUGUGCACUUAAACCGGCCCUUUUUGUAGCUGUUUGUGUUAGUUUACUGUAUUAGUUGAAUUAACAUGUAGCAUGUUCAUGCAUGCCGAGUCCAUGCAUGAUUCAUAUCAAAAUUAUAUACAGUAUUUGUGUGCAACAGCAGGAGCACUCUUCAAAUAUUUUGGAGCUUCAUCGGCCACUGAAGAUGAUGGACACCAUCCAUAUCUCCACAACUCACAUUGAUUUUUUUCCUUGAUUUAAAAAUAUUUUCUGUUGGUGUAUUUUUAUUUGUUUAUAAUUGAAUAUAUUUUAAAGAAAAUAUAAGGUCCACUCCUGUGUGUGAGUGUGUGUUUGUUGGGGGAUGUGUGUGUUAAGAGACACCUUUUUAAAAUCACACAAAAUCAAUUGGAACAUGUAAACAUUGAACUCCAUAAUCUUUUGAAUUCCUUUUCAUUGUGUCUGAUUCACAAUAGAACCAUUUUGGUCCAUGAUAGCAACUACAGGGGUAGUACACUUGGUCACUCAGAUGAUGAUCACAUGAAUGUGCAAAUAUGAAUAUUUCUGUAAAUCUCAAACAAUAACAAAGGCUGCACUGUGUGCUUAAAUGACACAGUCAGUAAGCCAACCGGCU